AUGGCAGGAAGAGGAGGUUUUAAGAAUAAGAAACGAAAUAUGGGGAGGAAAGAUUAUAACCGGCAAUCUAAAGAUAGAAGAGCCCAGAACCAGGAGGAGCAGGCCAAAAAGAAACGAAAGAUAGACGAUGGAGAUAGUCUUCCUAUAUACGCUACUCAAUUUUCAGCCGAUGAUAUUGCAGCGGAAGAAAGACGUCCCAAGAAGAAGGUGGCUGUGCUGAUAGGGUACUCUGGAACUGGCUAUCACGGCAUGCAGUUGACUGACAAAGACAAGACUAUUGAGGGCGACCUUUUUGCCGCUUUUGUCGCUGCUGGUGCAAUUUCUAAGGCAAAUGCAAUCGAUCCAAAGAAGUCUUCACUUGUCAGGUGUGCUCGUACCGACAAGGGCGUACACGCAGCUGGGAAUAUAGUGUCUCUAAAGUUGAUUGUUGAAGAUCCCGAUAUCGUUCAAAAGAUCAAUGAGCAUCUUAGCCCCCAGAUCCGUGUGUGGGGAUACGAGAUUGUUACCAAAAGUUUCAGUUGCUACUAUCUUUGUGACUCCCGCAUAUACGAGUACCUCAUCCCAACACACUGUUUUCUCCCACCUCACCCCGGCUCUUACCUAGGCAAGAAGGUGGUUGAGCUUGCUGAGAAGCACGGUGAAUCUGAAGCUUAUCGGACGAGGCAGAGCGAAGUGCUCAACUUUUGGCAAGAUAUUGAUGAGAAGAUUGUGAACCCGAUUUUGGCUGAUGUACCCGAGGAAGUCCGCAGCCUGGUACUAAAGGCAUUGUACAGUGAAGACGAGCAAGCAGCUGGUGUUGACCAGAAAGCCGACUCGGUCUCUCAAAACGCAACUGCAGAAACCGAACCUUCAGCUCAGACGCAAGAUUCCUUGGAAAAUCCUGCCGAUGGGAUAGAUCCUAAGACGCCCAAACCAAAAUUAACAGCGGAGCAGAAGACAAAAAUAAACGAAGCCAUCAAAGCAAUAAAAGCCACCUACAUUAACACCAAACGUGCUUAUCGAAUACCCAAGUCUCGGCUUCAACAAGUCCAAGAAGCCCUAGACAAAUAUAUAGGCACUCACAGUUUCCACAACUACACGAUCCAGAAGGAUUACAAGGACCCAUCUGCCAAACGAGUCAUCAAAUCGUUCAUUGCAAAUCCCGAACCAAUUGUCAUCAACGGCACGGAAUGGCUGAGUUUGAAGGUUCACGGCCAGAGCUUCAUGAUGCAUCAAAUCCGAAAAAUGGUCGCCAUGGCCGCGCUCGUGGUGCGCUGUGGAUGUGACCCGAAAAUCAUUGAAGAAAGCUACGGCUCGACCAGGUUGUCAAUACCCAAAGCACCUGGAUUAGGUCUUCUUUUAGAGCGCCCGAUAUUCGAUACAUACAACAGAAAGGGGGCUCAGGAGUUCGGAAAAGAGAAAAUAGAUUUCGGCAAGUUCGAGAAAGAAAUGAAUGAGUUUAAGCAACGGGAGAUUUACGAUCGCAUAUACAGAGAAGAAGAUGAGUCAAAUCAAUUCGGACAUUUCUUCUCCCACAUUGACCAUUUCCCAGUAGAAACAUUUCUUUAUUUGACUUCUGGGGGCAUCGCAGCAUCUCAGCAAGUUAGCGCCCAGACCUCAGCCAGGGACAAAAAGACCCAGGAGGUUCUGGCAGCUGUUGACUCGGACUCCGACGUUGAUGUUCAGGGUGAAGAAGGCGGUUGA